GCCAAUCUUUCUUCUCGUAGUAGCAAUCCGUCAAUUUCGCAUUUUCAUCUAGAAAAGAGUCAGCCAGGGAGCCGAAAUUGUCGCACUCUAGGCCUCUACAAACAUACCAGAGCACCCGGUGCUGAAGAUUCUCUUGUCCCUGUGGUCACGUCAUUACUCGGGUGCCCCACUCACGACUGCGGCCGACAAUACACACCAAUCGUCCGGUUCAUCAUCAUCAAUCGCCGCCUGGGAAGCAGCCGCCUUCUCGGGAUUGUUUGACAUCUUUUGCUUGUGUUUCAGUGCGCCGUCAGUGGUGUGAGGGUUCCGAGUACGAGUAGAGCUUCCUUCCGGUUGAUCCUCGGAGGACUGGGGCGCCGAGGUUGGCCUGUGUUGAGCACAAUGGCGACCAAAAAGAUGAAUGUUUUGGUAUAUUCGGGGAGUGGAACAACGACCGAAUCAGUACGCCAUUGCAUUUACACUUUACGCCGCCUACUCUCUCCAACCUAUGUGGUCAUCCCAGUCACGAGUGAGAUCAUCUUGAAAGAGCCUUGGUCCGCUUCGUGUGCACUACUUGUUUUCCCAGGAGGGGCGGAUCUAGGUUACUGUCGAACUCUCAAUGGCGAGGGUAACCGCCGGAUCACCCAGUAUGUCAAUCGUGGUGGAAAUUACUUGGGUUUCUGCGCCGGCGGUUACUUUGGCAGCGCCAAGUGCGAAUUCGAGGUAGACGACAAGAAGAUGGCAGUCGUUGGAGACCGUGAGCUCGGAUUCUUUCCUGGGAUUUGCAGAGGGCUGGCCUUCGCUGGGUUCGUAUAUAACUCCGAGGCUGGUGCGCGUGCUGUAGACCUCAAGAUCCAUGGAGAGGCGCUGCCUACUGCAAAAAGCGAUCUUCCAGGAAGUUUCAAAAGUUACUACAAUGGAGGAGGCGUUUUCGUUGAUGCCAAGAAGCUCGAAAGUCACGGCGUUGAAGUGCUGGCAAGCUACACCGAGGAUUUGCAUGUCGAUUCCGGCGACGCUGCGGCAGCAGUUGUAUAUCGGAAGGUUGGCGAAGGCAGCGCAAUCCUCACAGGACCGCAUCCAGAGUUCGCCCCCGCCAACUUGACCAAAUCACCAAAAUUACCAGCAUACUCGGAAGCUAUUGAUGCUAUCGAGAAAACAAACUCUACUCGCGUAGCGUUUAUGAAACUUCUGCUCGAGAAGUUCGGCCUCAAGGUCAAUCAAGAGGAAUAUGUGGUACCUCCCCUCUCCAGCCUGCAUCUCUCGUCUUAUACGGCUGCAGACGUCACGCAACUCGCUGCCUCAUGGCAAGAGAUCAUUACUGUAGUUGAUGGAGAAGACUUCAUCAAGGGCGAAAACGAUGUUUUCCAACUGGAGAAACAGGGGGCCGCCGCUUGGGGAGUCAAAGAGCUUAGAAAGGCAGUGGACGUCGUGGAGGGGGUACUGCCAGCUGCACUCACUGGCAAGGAGGACGGCGAGAAGGACGGCAAGAGGAAAGAGAUACUUGAACGAAUCGAGUAUACUAAAUCGACAACUAAGGACCAAAUCAUCGAGCACGAUAAGAUCGUCAAGAAGCUGAUACUUCACGAUCAACACCACCCCACGACGCAACAGACACCUUUCUUCCAUCACGAUUCGUACUACGCUAACCUUGUUCACUACCAUUCUAAACUCCGCAACGCUCAAGGUGCUUUCGGAAAGCAUCUGAUGUAUGGAGAAGUAGUGACUUCAACCAACACUCUCCUCGAGAAGAACCCAUCCCUUUUGCGCAACUUGCCCAACGGCUUUACCUUGAUUGCCACCACGUCGAUAGCCGCCCGCGGCCGAGGGUCGAACGUUUGGAUCGGCCCACCUGGCUCGUUGGCUUUCUCCACGGUCAUUCACCAUUCCUUCCAAGACUCUCAAUCAACAUCCGUUGUUUUCAUCCAGUAUCUGGCAGCAAUGGCCAUCGUUCGGGGUGUAAAGAACUACGCCCCUGGUUACGAGAAAGUCUCAGUCAAACUCAAAUGGCCGAAUGACAUCUAUGCGCAGAUUCCUGGAAGCUCUACAAACCCAAUUGUGAAGAUUGGUGGUAUCUUGACAAAUUCAAGCUACAGCGGCUCGUCAUACGAUGUAGUCACUGGUAUUGGAUUGAACUUGGCCAAUGCGCUCCCCACGACAUCACUCAAUCAGCUUGCGACGGCUGCAGGAUUGAAAGCUUUCACAUAUGAGAAACUCCUUGCAUCGAUCCUCGCUAGCUUUGAGGACCUGUACUCGGAUUUCUUGCGUGUCGGGUUCUCCCGCGACAUGGAGGCCGAAUACUACGAGGCGUGGUUGCACACAGACCAGAUCGUCACGUUAGAGACACAUGACGGCAUGAAAGCGAAGAUCAAGGGCAUCACCAGAGACUGGGGCUUACUUCUUGCGGAGGAGCUUGGAUGGGAGGACCGGCCAACAGGGCGUAUUGUGCAACUUCAGAGCGACAGCAAUAGUUUUGAUUUCUUCAAAGGGCUGCUGCGGCGUAAAGUUUGAAACUUUGGUCUAGGAUGAGAAAGGGAUAUGUCGAUUGCCAAUACAGAUUGAGCGUCGAUCCGCUUGUAUAUAUAUGAUAUCGGACAAAGAACAGUACACUUUGCAGUAUCAAUUUACGACACAAUCAUAGGAUCCACAGUGAACGGAC